AUGCAGCCAGCAAUGAUGAUGUUCUCCAGCAAAUACUGGGCACGACGGGGCCUUUCACUGGACUCAGCUGUGCCCCAAGAAUACCCAUCACCCAGGAAUGUAACUCUAAACAGAACAAAUUCUGGUAGAAGUGAUGAUAAAAAAGCUAAGAAUGACUCAACAUCAGAAGGUGGCAAGACUGCUGUGGUGUUUUCUUUAAAAAAUGAAGUUGGUGGCUUGGUAAAAGCUCUCAGACUUUUCCAGGAGAAGCAUGUGAGUAUGGUUCAUAUUGAAUCCAGAAAAUCCAAGCGAAGGAGUUCAGAGGUAGAAAUUUUUGUGGAUUGUGACUGUACCAGGAAAGAAUUCAAUGAGCUCAUUCAGCUAUUAAAGUAUGAAACAAACAUUGUGACUCUGAAUCCUCCAGAAAACAUCUGGACUGAUGAGGAAGAACUGGACUGUGUGCCUUGGUUUCCCCGGAAGAUUGCUGAAUUAGAUAAAUGUUCCCAGAGAGUUCUCAUGUAUGGCUCCGAACUGGAUGCAGAUCACCCUGGAUUUAAAGACAAUGUCUACCGACAGAGAAGAAAAUAUUUUGUAGAUGUUGCCAUGAGUUAUAAAUAUGGCCAGCCAAUUCCUAGAGUAGACUAUACACCUGAAGAAAUAAAAACUUGGGGCGUGGUGUUCAGAGAGCUUUCAAAACUGUAUCCUACUCAUGCUUGUCGAGAAUAUUUGAAAAAUUUCCCAUUGCUGACAAAAUACUGUGGCUACAGAGAUGAUAAUGUCCCACAGUUGGAGGAUGUCGCUAUGUUUCUCAAAG